AUGGUGAGUCCAGAGAACAGCUCCUCGGUUCCGGAAGAAGCUCGUCUCCGCGUCGUGAUCGUGGGAGCUGGUCUCAGUGGUAUCGCCAUGGCGAUUUCAGCAGCACUGUCAGGACACUCAGUAGAAGUCAUCGAGCAAGCGAAAGAGCUGGCCGAGGUUGGCGCCGGCCUCCAGAUCACACCUAAUGCAUCUCGUCUUCUUCAGUACUGGAAGCUCCCAGCCUCCUUGUGGGAUGCAGCUGCAGAGCCGACGAAAGUAACCGUCCACCGGUACUCCGGCCCAGUUUUAGCCCACGACGGCGCCUUUGACAAGAGCAUCCGAGCAAAAUACAACGCGCCUUUCGUGGAUCUGCACCGGGUCGACCUGCAGCAGGCCUUGUAUGCGCGCGCGCAAGAUCUGGGUGUGAUCUUCCACCUGGGUGAGAGGAUCGAGCGCAUUGACUUUGAUAAUACAGUUGUGCAGUCAGUGGCGGGGAAGCAGUUUACUGGGGAUCUGAUUGUUGCCGCUGACGGUCUGUGGUCUCAGUGUCGCGAAGCAUAUGUGGGGAAGAAAGAUGAGCCUCUUCCGACAGGGGAUCUCGCAUACCGCAUUGUUCUGACUGUGGAUCAAAUUUCGGACCCGGAUUUGAAGGCGUGGGUUCAGCACCCCGAAGUGCACUUCUGGAUUGGUCCCGGCGCUCAUGCUGUGGGCUAUUCCCUUCGCAGAGGCCAAAUGUACAACAUUGUCUUGCUGGUGCCUGACAACCUCCCUCCGGGUGUUUCGAGGCAGUCUGGCUCAGUGCAGGAAAUGAAGGAGCUGUUCGUUGGUUGGGACCCGAUCUUGAAUAAGUUCCUCGACUAUGUUACCAACGUUGACAAGUGGAAGUUGAUGCACCAUGGUGAAAUGAAGAAAUGGGUCAACAAUGAAUCAAAUUUGGUCUUCAUUGGAGAUUCAUGUCACCCGAUGUUGCCAUAUCUUGCACAGGGAGCAAAUUCAUCGCUAGAGGAUGGCGCAGUCUUAGGUUUAUUGUUGGGACACAUGACAGAUAAAGCCCAAUUACCAGGCAUAUUGCGUCUCUAUGAGGGCCUACGCAAGUCCCGUGGUGAAGCCAUUGUGCGAGAAACUUUCAAACAGAGACAUGACUUCCACAUGGAAGAUGGCGAGGAACAGCAGAAGCGAGACGAGAUUUUCAAGUCCCAAUUGGGGAAGGAGCUCAAGGGCGCUUUUCCUAGUCGAUGGACAUGUCCAGAAGUCCAGCCCUGGCUGUAUGGUUAUGAUGCCAUCAAGGAGGUGGAGAAUGCCGUGGUUAAGAACCCCGGUAUAUUCGCACAGCAGAAGUCUCGUAGAUCCCUCUGCCAGUUUCUCUAG